GCACCCGCACCGAUCUCACCCCGGCGAUCGCGGAUGAGGAUGCCCAAUGCGGCGACGGCCACCACGGCGGCGUGCAGGGUUUGGGCCCGCCGUUCGUCGUUGUCGUUGUCGUCGGAUCCCCCGUGGUUUGACCCCUGCCGCUUCGGGACGUCGGUGUACGACACGGUUGCGUCGCACCGCCUCGGCUGGGUGGGGAAUUCCACCGACGCAUCGACACCGAGGGGAAGGAGGCGGCACUGCGACCGGAUGCUGGUCGACCUCGGGGAGGCGGAACGAGCGGGGGUCUUCCUGUCGCCAUCCGAGAGCGGCGCUGCAGAAGCAGCAAAAACAGCAGCAGAUACAAAAACAGCAACAGAUACAAAUACAGAAACAMCAGCGCCGCGCACGCACCGAGGGAUCCCCUUUGGCAGGGCAAGGGACUGCCCGACCCUGACGCCGCGUGCCCGAGACGACGCACGCCUCGAUCGCCGACGGCGUCCGYUUGUUCGCUUGGCCGUCGUGGGGAUGGUGGUCGGCGACGAAACCRGMAAAAAYAGCAACKRCGACGACAACGAYGGCGUCUUGCUCCUCACGAGGCGGCCCCGCUACAUGCGUUCCUUUCCCGGUGCCUUUGUCUUUCCGGGAGGAAACAUCGACGAGGGAGAGUCCCUCGYGGAGGCCGUCUCGCGGGAAAUMGAGGAAGAAACCGGCCUGGCCAUCGCRAGCGAUUCCUGGGAGCUGGAGUGCCUGUGGGAAUCGAUCUACCCCACCGAGCUCCCGGAGGAAGACGACGAAAGCCGCGAGCGCGGAAGCAGCGACGGGGCGAUCCGUGCCCACCACCUCGUGUGCUAUUUUUCGAGCAAGCUGGCGCAGAGGGAACACGAAAAGCAGCGAUUGCGGCUCUGCCGGGAAGAAGUGGACGGAGCCGUUUGGUUGUCCCGCUGCGACAUCGAGCGCCUGCUGGAAGCCGAACACGGUGCCGGUGCGAAUGCCCACCAAAGCCCCGGCGUCCUCGACGAGCUCCAAAAGAUCGAUCUUGCGCUGCACACUCCUUCCGUUGCUACCGGCGAGAACGACGAAAGAACAACAACMACAAYACAGGAAAGCAACCCUACGAGCGUGAUUCCGCUAUCGGAUCUAGCAGGAAUCUACCCCCGCCGCGACGACACAGAGGAUCGGUGGUGUGGCAUGGCUCAGGGAAGCCUCUUCGCCCUCGAAGAAUUCGUCGAGAAGCAUUACUCUUCCUAGUGGAACUAAAAACGAUUUUGAAAAGGAGUACUUUUCCUUUCACAUAAUGACAUACAAGGACACACACACACAUACACACACAUACAAACAUACAUACAAAUAAUACUAGGUUGUAUGC